CAGCUAUUUUAUGGCUCACGUUACCACCGCGCCAUCCCCAUCCACUGCCAAACCGAAAUUGCGUCACGGAUCGCCCACAUCGCAGCAGACCCGACUUGUCGCCCCCUAAUACGUGCCCACGCCGCCCUCGAGCUCGGCAUAUGCCUCCUCUCCGGCUUCGGAAUCGACCGUGACAUUGACCGAGGGCUCGAAUGUAUGCGCACAGCCGCAGACGCAGGCAGCGAGAAGGCACAGGCAGUCGUUUCCAGACUGACCCGGGCGUAUGGUCGAGGAUACAGCCCCUCAAAAUAUGAAGACAGAUACGAGAAGGUACUGUUGGUUGCAGCAGUCGAAGGGUAUUCAUUCUGGGCGGCGGAGGAGCUGAAACAGCGCGACCGAGAUCUGUUUGAUGAGAUUUUGCGGAAGGCCGUGUUGGAAUACCCAGAGUCUGGGUUUAGCUUGGGGUAUUUUGAGCGGGUGAUCAAGGGCCGGUUCGAUCUUUCUAACCCGGAGUUGUUGCGGGAACAGAUUGGCACGGAGUUUGACUUUAUUCUGCGAGAAGAGGAACAGAGCAGGCAGAGGCGGACUGCGGCCGUUUCACCGCGCUUUCAGGACCAGAUACCCGAGGACCCAUGGCAAGCCUCGCCUGCCUUUCCCAGAAUUUUGGUCACCGAGCAUGUCCCGAGUUCGCCUGGAACCCACCCACUCCCAAUAAUGGGCCGCACGCUGAGCCCAAAGGAGUUCCUUAACGAUGCCAUUCGCUGGGCUUGCUGCUACGGCUCCGUCGCGACCCUCCGUGUCCUCCUCACCGAACAAGCCCGUCUCGUCCCAGGACUUUUUCUCGCACCGUACGUCUCAGUGGCGCUCGCAGCCGGUCGCGGAGACAUGGCUCUUGCCCUUCUUUCUGAAGCAGCAGGGGGGAACCGAGAGACGGAACAAGCGGCUAUCACAAAGGACACCAACCCUUACCUACUGUUUCAGCUACACCACCUCCCCGCCGAUCAAGUCGCCCCUGUCGCCGAAGCUAUUGUCGCCCACGGCUUCGAUGUUAACGAGCAGGUUGAUAUCUAUCCCAGAUAUGGUACAAGGGCAUCCGCCGCCAGUAGGUACACGCGCACGGCCCCUUCCGCUUCCCACCGAUUUCACCAGGAUCAUCUCUCCGUCUUUUGUGAGAGCCUACCACAGCCGGGCGGCCUCCCACCUACUAAUCAGGACCCUCCGCCGGGGGCGUACUAUCGGCACUGGGCGCCGGAGCUCCGAGGACGGUCGUUAACACCACUCCGGUGGGGGGUGCAUCAGGGAAAUCAAGAGGUGGUGAGGGUGCUACUGGAUCUGGGAGCGGAAUUUCCGCAGGUCCCAGAUACUCAGGAGGAAGGAAAAAUGGUUCAUGUGCUUGAAGAGCCUUGUUUCAAUGUGGGUAUACUGAAGAUGUUUAUGGACCGUCAUGGUCUUCGUUGUGGCCAAGCGGUGUUUGCCGAGACCCCCCUAGGCCUGAUCACCAUGGAGCCGGACAGCCCUGAACGGCGGCUGCGAUUCUCGGGUCGUUCUGGCACAAUCGAGGGGCUAGAUGAGGUCCUGCCGUUGUUGAGGGAAUACCAGCCGAAUUCAGACGGGCAGCUCUUUUGGGCGGCGGCGAUGAAUGGCCACGUGGAUAUCGUGCGGUACCUCAUCCGAGAGGGAAUCAGCAUUGAGGCUAGGCACAACGGCCAGACUCCCUUGCAUACAGCGGUACUCCACGGACAAAAGGAAGUGUUUAGUCUCCUACUUGAUCACGGCGCCAACGCGCGGGCCUUGACGUCGGAGAAGGGCAUGUCGGUCUUGCAUAUGCUUUUCUGGACACCCAAGCUGGCUAGCACGGAGAUCUUUAUGCUGAACGAACUGUACCGGAAAAUCGGCAGUGUGGCGGUCAGUGAGGGAACCUUUGGUGCCACGGUGCAGCCCAUCCACCUCGCCGUGAUCAACGGUCGUGUCGAGGCGGUUAAGCGGCUGGUCGAGCUCGGUGUAGACACCACGGUGCCGAUCGGACAAGAUAUUAUGCCGUUUUUCCGUGGGUGUUUUCGACAUGCCGGGUGGCAGCCACCGGGGGCACUAGAUGAGGCCCUUUACGAAGCGUAUGCCCGGCCUGUAACCCCCGUCUCCCUUGACGGCCUUACACCGGUUGGUAUCGUCCUAGCACGCCACGACAUCCACCCGCCCAGAGAUAUCAUCGACAUCCUGCGUAGCCUUGUCUUAUCUGACCACCUCAAGAGCAGGCAGACCUUCGCCGUGCUGUAUACCCGGCCAUCCGCAAAACAAACAAUCUUCCACGUUCUCCCUUGUCUUUUCCCAUUCACCGAAACAGACCCGACCCUUCUCUCCGACCUUAUAUCCCACCUGACACCGCUUUUCCCUACAAUUGACCUGAUCAACAUCCCCGACGCGGACGGCGACACCCCGUUGCACUACGCAGCGUUAUUCGGCGCCCUCGGCAAUCAUGAUAACCUGCCGGUUGUUGUCGAUCGGCUGCUAUCUCUCGGUGCCAAACCACAUGCGAGGAAUAGAUGGGGCUUCACGCCUGCUACAAUGCGGACGGCCUAUUUCAUGUGGAAGGCAGGUUUAGGAGCUGAGGAUGGUCCAGGAAGCUGGAAUGCAAAAACGAUAGAGUUCAGUCCUUUUUCGCGGAGCGCCAGUGUGAAGCCGCAUGUUAUGCGAAAUCUUGAUGGAUCAAGCGAGAAACCUGAGAUUUUCAAGAUGAUGGGGCAGUUGUUGCACGGCGCGAGAGCAAGGGAGGUGUGGGAUUUGAAUGGUGGACAGUGGAUCAGGUUUGCUCAAGAGAUUGUUGUGAAACUAGUCACUGAAGCGGACAUGAGAUCGGGAUUUCUAACGGAGAAUCGGUAG